ACAGUCGCCUUUCCAUUCCUAGUCAUCUUCUCACUAAAACCAUGAAGACCGCUGUCCUUCUUGCUUCCGUCGGGUGCGCUCAGGCAUUCGUCCCUCAGAUGAACGUACAGCCCUCUUUCCUGGAUCAGCUCAAGAACGGCGUCUCCAAGGCCCUCCCCGUCCUUGUGGGCGGAUCAGCCUUCCUGGCCCCCUCCAUUUCCAACGCCUUGACGAAGGAGGAUCUUUCCUCCCUCUCCUACCUCCAGGUGAAGGGCACCGGGCUCGCGAAUCGAUGCCCCGAGGUGGUGGGGGAAGGCAGCAUUGCCCUGCAAGGUGGGAAGACGUACCAGCUCAGCGACUUGUGCCUGGAGCCCAAGACCUGGCAAGUCGAGGAGGAGGUGACCAACAAGCGGGGGGAGACGACCAAGAGCUUUGUGAACACGAAGCUGAUGACCCGCCAGACUUACUCUCUCGACGGUGUGUCGGGGGAUAUCUCCGUCGGGGAGGGCGGGAAGAUCAAGUUUGAGGAGAAGGACGGCAUCGACUAUGCUGCCACCACUGUCCAACUUCCGGGAGGCGAGCGUGUGCCUUUCCUUUUCACGGUCAAGGAGCUGGUGGCCACGGCUGCGCAGCCAGGGAACGCCCUCAAGCCCGGCUUCCAAUUUGGCGGCUCUUUCAAGGUCCCCUCCUACCGCUCUGGUCUCUUCUUGGACCCCAAGGGACGAGGCGCGGUGACGGGCUACGACAUGGCCGUCGCCCUCCCUGGUCUGCAGAACUCGGUCGAGGGUGACGAGGAGCUCUUCAAGGAGAACAACAAGAUCUUCGACGUGACGAGUGGGAACAUCGAGCUGGAGGUGAACAAGGUGAACGUGGAGGAAGGCGAGGUGGGCGGGGUUUUCGUAUCCACCCAGUUUUCCGACACGGACAUGGGCUCCAAGGCGCCCAAGAAGCUUCUGAUGAAGGGGAUCUUUUACGGACGUGUGGCCCAGUAAGUCGUCAACGCCUUGGGAAAAGGAGCGGAAAUAAGGGACGAGGAGGGGGGGGCGAGCCGGAUCCUCCUCCCUCUUCUGGAUAUCGGAAAGGGGAAGAUGGUGUAUUUCGUGACAUAUGUUUUGCAUUCUCUGUGUGGCGAGAGGUGAGCCGUCGCCUCUUGUGUGUGGGAGGGUGAUCACGAAGAGGGAGCGGGGGAGGCAUAGGACCGGUGAUGAUGCUACGAUAUAACCUAGAUCGCGGGAGAUGGAUACUGGAAAGAAUGACGAAGAACAGGAAGUGAACGCUCGGGAAAGAAGCACAAGGA